AUGACUGACGUUCUUGGUGUUCUUGUCAUCGCCCGUAAUGGUGACCGCACAGAGUACUACCAAGACCCUAAGACCUACGAGAGCUCCUACACCGAAAGCACUGCCCUUGGUGCUGCCGAGUCUCACCAGCUCGGAACCUUCCUUCGCUCGACCUACAUGUCCUCGUCUUCUCCUUCAUACAUCGAGAGGUUGAAAACCGACCUGGUGGACACCCAUGAGGUCCACGUCCAUGUCAAGGCUGGCGGUGAGGGUACCGUAAUCUUUGACUCUGCUAUUGCCCUCCUCCAGGGUCUUUUCCCUCCCAACCCUGCCAACAAGAUUGUUCUUGCCAAUGGGACCACCGUCAUUGCCCCCCUUGGUGGUUACCAGUACGUUCCCAUCGAGACUGUCGAGCCCUUCAACGACAGGUCCCUUGAGCCAUGGACCGACUGUCCUGCUUUCGAGCAACAUAUCUCCAAUGUUUACUCGUCUCCCGAGUUCAAGGCGACCGCACGGGCUGCUGAUCCUUUCUUCGGUGCUGUCAGGGACUACGUUUUCGGCCGCUCUGCUACUCUCGAGAAUGCUAUUUACGACUACGUCUCAACUGAGCUCUCUCACAACAAGACAUAUGCUCAUCGUCUCCCCCCCACCUUGGUUGAGCAGGCUCGUGGUUUGGCUGACUACCACGAAAAUGCCAUCUUCUCGGACAAGGAUGUUGGUGGUAUUGGUAACUUGGCUGGCCGCACAGUCCUCCACACGGUCUUGGAAUCCCUCCAACGGAUUGCAUUCAACGGCGACCCUCUGCAGUUCCUCCUCGUUGAGACCUCCUACCAGCCUUUUAUCUCCCUGUUCCACAUGCUUGAGAUGACCAACGAGAACCCUGAGCUUGCCGCUAUCCCGAACUACGCUUCUGCUCUUGCCUUCGAGCUCCGCCGCGGACCUCCCCCUGAAGACCGUGACUUCGUCAGGAUCAAGUUCAAGAAUGGUACCAACGGCGACUUCGAGACCUAUCACGCUUUCGGCCACAAGGCUGACAUUUCUGCAACGGAAUUCAUCUACAAGAUCAGGAACUACGCUAUUACCAGCCAGAAACAAUGGGCCGCUGCUUGCACCUCAGGUCUUCAGGAUGACCUGUUCCACAUUGCACCUGUCUUUGCCAUUCUCGCUGUUGUGUUACUCCUCGGCAUGUUUAUUCUCUCCAAAUUCGUCAAGAGCGCCCGUGCCAAGGCUCAGAGCACUCGCAUCCGCCUUGCUGACGACGAGGUGAGUCAGUCGCACCUACCUCAGAGCCAGCAUCCCAAUUAUGGAACCGUUUUCAACGUCGGUUCUGGCAUCGUGCCUUUCUGA